AUGAAUUCCAUGUCUACGCCCCGAAUCCUGCCUGCUCACCUUCAUGCAUUUGCGCCCAAUGCCACCUCUCACAACACAGUUCGCAUGCUAGGGAUCAUAAGUCACGUCAACGGUGAUCAAGCGACAUUGACGUGCGGCUCGGAUGCUGUGACAAUUCUGCUGGCGAGAGAUUCCCACCUCUCGGUUGGCUCAAUGUACGAAAUCGUGGGCAAAGUCACCAACACGGACGGCGGGCACGGCCUGGGUCUACGAGUACUCAGCAGCACGGAAUGGCCUCGAAAUGAGAACGGACAACUGCCAGAUUUAAAGCUGUUCGAAGCAGUGGUGGAUGUGACCCAUCGUUACAAGAAUAUCUUCUACGGUGAUCCCGAGGGUGGGAUGGAUGCCGGAUAUUGA